AUGUCGAGCACACGCAUUAUCAAACCCCUUGGCCAGUCUGAGAAGCUCAAGCUGCCUGACCACCAGCAAGCUACUGGUGACAGUGACCUGGCCAACACUUUUUUCAAAAUGUGCCUAACUGUCUCUGAUCCAGACAUCAUCAUGGAUUUGGUCGACUGCACUGUGACGGAGGGUGGCAAUCGUCCCAAGCAAUACAAGCUCCCCAGUAUCGGCGGUGGCUUUGAUGCUGUUAACAACACCGUUCGUUGUCACUUGGACACUUCUCCCACAGCUCUUUACGCUACGUUCCGCCAACACGUUCAUGCCAGCGACGCUGCUGCCGCUGAUGUCCAAGUCAAAUCCAUCGAUGAAUACGGCUCUCCUGCCAUCAUCACUGAGGAUCCUGCCGACUGCCCCCUGACGUCCAAAGUCAGGGCCACUGAGUGCAACGCUGGCUUGUUCAAUUGGAUUCCUGCCGAGCUCCGCCUCCAAAUCUAUGGCUACCUCUUCGUGAACCCCCAUGUCACACUCGAGGUUGAGGACUUCCACUACCGUGGACGCGACAAGACGAGCAAGCCCAGGAUCCUCAACACGGUCCACCAUGACGGCGUCUACAAUUUGCUGGCCACGUGCCGCGCCAUACACAACGACGCCCUGCCCUCGUACUGGCAGGGGGUCACCCUAACCUGCCAGGGCAAGAGCGGCGUCUGCUACCUGGACGAAUUCGUGGAUGCGAUCCCUCCUAUCAUCUUGAACAAUGUCAAACACCUGCGCAACGUCAACCUUCCUCACAUCAAGUCCCGGCGGCUCAGGGGUCACCCCGAGCUCACCGCUCAUGCCCUCCUGCAGCGCUUCAAGAAGGGCAUCAAGACUUGUGAGAUUGUCAUAUCUCACUCAGACGGAAGGGGCAAGCUCGGCAAACACACCCAGAAGACGAUCCAUGGCAUGCGAGAGACCGGUGUCUUCUUCACGCGCGCCCUCCAGGAGCCCCGUAAAUGGCUCAAUGAGGCCUAUGGCCUUCCCAAGGGCUGUCAGACUCACUUCCUCUCCCAGCGUGUGGACACCAGCAACAAGUAUUUCCCUGUAUGGCGAGCGGUCACGUUUCUCAGCUACACCCGGGGCACUUUUGUGAAGCAGCUCUACAGAGGCCACCCACCCGAGCCAAUCGACUUGGAGCAGGGCUUUCGGAGUGCCAUGAACCUUCGACCGAUCUAG